UUAUAAUACUAAUUUAUUAUUCUAUAAUUAAAAUAUGAAGAGUGAAGAGAACACUAGCCCUAAUGUUUCAGUCAAGAGUAAGACUAUGAAAAGGUUCAGCAAAGCAGCUGACAAAGAACUAAAUGCAAACUUCAGCGAGGGUGGUGGGGUUGUAGUAAAUAGCAAACUUAUCAAGACAAAAUACAAAACUGGGCGGUGGACUGAUGACGAACACAACAGAUUCCUUGAGGCCAUAGAAAAGUACGGUAGGGAUUGGAAAAGAGUCCAACAGCAUGUCGGAACCCGCUCAAGUACUCAGUCAAGAUCUCAUGCUCAAAAGUUCUUUAGAAAAAUCAACCUCACCGAUGUUAAACCUGGAAUUGGGCUGAUUAAGCACAAAUCCUUGGAUGUUGCCUCAAGGUGUGUGAAAAAAUUGAAGGUAACUGAAGAAGAAAGCUCUGAUGAAGAACUUCUUGUGUGAAUAGAUUUUGUCAAGACUCCUAAUCCUAGGAUUAGAAAAACUGAUCUUUUUGUAAGCAAUAAAACUAAGAUUGAGCAAUCAAAUUCUCAAAUCCCAAAAGAUGAGGAGAAGGAAACUAGUUUUAAACCUGGAGAUGAGGAAUUCUCAUCCCCUAAGAGUGAAAACAAGAAGGAGCCCAAAGCGAGCUCAGAGAAGAUGAAGAAGCUACCUAAUUUGUUACCAUCAACUCUCCAGAUUACAAGUACUGGGAAGAAGACUGUAAUUGAUGAUUCAACAACAACCAAGGAUGGGAGAUCUCUUGAUAAUGUGAACUUGAGUCUCAAGGAAUAUGAGAUAGAGAAGAACGCUUUAGCUUGCAAGGAGCCAAUUAAGAUUCCUUCAAAUGAUGAACCAAUUAAUCCUGUCAAGCUUCUUAUUGAUGGUGAUUCUGGAGAGAAUGGAGUAUAUAAAGAAAGAGGACUCGGGUUUGGAGAAGACAACUUAAGUUGCAACUCAGGAAAUUUCAUUAAAAACUCAGAGAAGAAUCAUGAGGCCGAUGAUAUUAAGCAUCUUGGUCUAGGAGAUGAUAACUUAGAGAAUGAUGACCUUGAGAUGGAUUUCUCAGACAAAAUGGAUCAUCUUGACAAUGUAAAAGCCCUUGAGAUGAACGAUUUUGAAGCCGACUACGAUGCUAAACUUUUCGGUGUUAAUGAAGAGGAGAUCAGUCAUCAUUCAGCCUUGCUAAAUAAUGAGUUUAUGGACCCUCAUUCUGAAGAAUUAAACUAUUUUUAAUCCUGUUUCUGA